AUGCGCUCCACCGUCGUUCCGCAGGCGGUUGCCACCGAGCAGGCGGCUGCCGUGAAGACCGCCGACGCCCCGCGCUGGGCGCUCGAGACGCACUUCGGAUACGACAGCGUCUACAGCUCCAGCAUCGACGCCGAGCUCGACGCGAUCGAGCAGAAGUGCAAGGAGCUCAAGGCGAACUUCGAGGGCAAGAUGGGCGAGUCGCUCCUCGACGCCAUCAAAGCCUACGAGGAGGUGGACAUCGCGCUGACCAAGGCGCUGUCCUACGUCUCGCUCUCGUGCGACACAAAACUCGACGACGACAAGGCGCAGAAGCGCAAGGCGUCGCUCUUUCAGCGCUACUCCACAAUCUCCGGCAACCAGCUCACGUUCUUCUCCCUGGAGCUCGCUGAUAUGUCGCAGGAGACGCUCGAGACGCAGAUGGAGAAUUCCCCCGAGCUCGCCAAGUACCAGGCGUACAUCGACGAAGUUCGCAGGUCCCAGCCCUACAACCUGAGCAAAGAGGUGGAACGAGCGCUGACCGUCCGCGCGCCGUUCGCGGGCAAGGGCAAGGUUGUCGAGUUCUACGGCAACGAGCUGUCGCGGCUUCGGUUCAAGGAUGGCGACGAGGAGGUCAACAUGGAGGUGCUCCUCGCCAAGAUGACGUCGUCCAAGGACGCCGCGACUCGUCACGAGUGCAUGAAGGCGCUCAACACCGGGUUGAAGGAGUUCGAGCGCGUCGCCGCGCUGUCUCUGAACAUGGUCGCCGGGUCGUGGCACGCGGAGAACACCGAGCGCGGCUUCGAGCAGCUCAGGUCGCAGCGCAACCUCGGCAACAACGUGCCGGACGAGGUGGUCGACUCGCUCCUCGACGCCGUGAAGACCACCGGCGUGGACUACUGCAAGCGAUACUACGCCCUCAAGAAGGGCAUCCUCAAGAACACCGCGGGGCUGGAGAAGAUGACGUGGGCCGAUCGCAACGCGGCGAUCAACAUCGGGACCUCGUCCGAAUCUUACACCUGGGAAGAAGCCGUGGACAUCGUCAAGGCUGGGUACGAAAAGUUCUCACCGACGAUGGCCGGUUUGUUUCAGCAGAUGGUGGACGAGAAGCGCAUCGACGUGCCCGCGCAGAACGGCAAGCGCGGCGGCGCGUACUGCAGCUCAUCCUACGGCCACGGACCCUUCCAGCUGCUCAAUUUCACCGGCACGCAGCGCGACGUCGCCACCCUCGCGCACGAGUCCGGGCACGGCGCUCACUUUAUGCUGUCUUACAAGCAGGGCAUCCUCCAGUUCCACCCGCCGCUCACCCUGGCGGAGACGGCGUCCAUCUUCGGCGAGAUGAUCGUCUUCCGCGAUCUCCUCGAGAAGGCGCCCACCGACGAGGACCGACUCGCCAUGCUCAUGGGUAAGAUUGACGACAUCAUCAACAGCGUCGUGAGGCAGUGCGGCUUUGACGCGUUCGAGGAGAAGGUGCACUCGGGCCGAGCCGCCGGCACCCUCACCCCCGACGAGAUGACCGAGGCGUGGCAGCAGACCAUGGUGGACUACUACGGCGCGGAGGGUGAGGUGUUCGACUCGUACGCCGACACCUCACACCUGUGGACCUACGUCUCGCACUUUCACAACGUCCCGUUUUACGUGUACAGUUACGCCUUCGCCGACCUCGUCGUCGGCUCCUUGUACGGCGUGUACCAGAAACAGCCGGAAGGUUUCGAGGAUAAACUUCUAGAGCUUCUGAGCGCGGGCGGCGUCAAGGGUUUCCGCGAGGCGCUCGAGCCCUUCGGUUUGGACCCGGCGGAUCCGGUGUUUUGGAAAGAUUCCAUCGACGCUCACCUCGGGUCGCUCAUGGAAGAGGCGGAGCAACUCGCCGCGCAGCUGGGGCUCUCCGACCCAUGAGACCCGGCGACGAGGCGUUACUGUUACCAUCGACGUUACUGUUACCGUGUACCGAGUACAUCCCGGGCGGAUGACGACUAUACAUCAUUCUUUAAUUGAACAAGACUCUCCUUCUUCGCGUUUCGAACCUAGUCGAAGUGCGUCGUCGUGACACUUACCUUAAAAGGUAAAAUAAAAAUAUCGCCCCCCUCGAGGUGGGUCGCGACGAGGAACUUUCACAGCUCGUCGUGAGCGGCGCGGACGUUGUGCAGGGAGGGCGCCUCGCAACGCAACGGCUUCAGCACGCAGUCUCGCAGAUCCGUCGCGCGGUCGAACUGCUCCUUCAGCAUCGCGGUCAUCCCGACUCGAUCCUUGGCGCACUCCGCCUGCGUGUUGAAGAUCGAACUCAACUUGUCCGGGUGAAGCUCGCGGCUGAUCGCCUUGUACGCCUUGCUCGCGCGUUCCUCGAUCACUGCCCUCACCUUACCCACGCCCGUGCCCCCGUCCGAGGUGGCGUGGUCCCUGAGCUUCUCCAGCUGCGCGAACCCCGGGUGAGCGUUGGCGAGCCAUCGGCGGAACUUGGGCUUCCCCUCUGUCUUGUCCGCGUCGUAUUUGUGCUUGUAAUGUCUCAGGCGAUCGCACUUUUGCUGGUCCGUCUCCGGGGCUCGCGCCGUGACGUUCCGGCCCGUGGCCGGGUCCGUGACGUUCGGUCGCCUUCCCGCCUCCGGGUUAGUGCUGGGAUUCCACGCCCUGUACUCGCUCACGGAGCAGACGUACCCCCACCCGGUGUCCGCCUCCCUCGCCGCCGCGUCCGAGUUUGGAUUGAAAUCCUUUCGACACCGGUAGAUCUCCGCGACGCGUCGCUUGUGAGCGCCGGAUAUUUGAGGGGCUUUCUUGACGGCCGCCGAGCGGAGACGUUCGCGCUCGGCGGCGUCGAACUUGUUCGUCGCGGCGUUCAGCGCGUUCGUCGCCGCGCGCCCCGCGCGAACCUGCUUCGCGAGAUGGUAGAGCUCGUGCUCGUUGUACUCCGCGUCGGGAUGAGCCCUCAUCGCCUCGAGCCUUUUGCCCUCCAGCUUCAUGACCUCGUUGAAGCGGACGGGGUUGCGAACGGUGAUGACGCCGUCGUCGUCGAUCUCGCACCAACGCCUCGCGGUCUCGGCGUUAUUAGCGGGCUUGCACCCCGGGGGAUGGAUCUCCUUCCACGCCACCCUGACGGCACCCUCGCUCACGCGCCGAUCGCCGGGCAUCUUGCCGACGCCCGUGUACGGGACGGUGGCGGCGGCGGUUCCCGCGGCGAGAAGGACGAGCGCCGCGAGCAGACGCGCUCGCGCGCGGAACCCACGCGACGUCGACAUCGCGGA